ACCGCCGCCAUUUCUCUGCUCUGCUUUCUAGCUUCCUUCAAUGGCGGCGACCUGUAAACCACUCCAAACUCAAUAUCUCUUCAUCUUCAACUUCUAAUUAACCUAAAUGCAAUGGAAACGCUCAGCCACACAACCUCCAUCCUCCCUCUUCAACUUCCCCCAUACCCCACCAAACCCAACGCUCUCUCCGCCGCUCUCUCCUCCGCCACCAGCCUCCUCCACAUCAAACAAGUCCACGCUCAAAUCCUCCGCUCCAAAUUCGAACGCUCCGAUUCCGAUUCCCUUCUUUUCAAACUGAUUCUUUCCUCUUGUUCUCUCUCGCCCAGCCUCGACUAUGCCCUCUCUGUGUUCGAUCAAAUUCCUGAGCCCAAGUCCCGUUUCUGCAACAAGCUUCUGCGUGAAUUAUCUCGAGGUUCCGAGCCGGAGAAUGCGCUUUUUGUAUACGAGAAGAUGAGGGCUGAGGGUCUGAGUUUGGAUAGGUUCUGCUUCCCACCUCUGUUAAAAGCGGCUUCGCGGAAUCUUUCCUUGAGAACUGGGAUGGAGAUUCAUGGACUCGCGUCGAAGUUGGGAUUUGGUUCAGACCCAUUUGUGGAGACGGGGUUGAUUAGAAUGUACGCUGCCUGCAGAAGGAUAAUGGAAGCUCGCUUGGUGUUUGAUAAAAUGUCUCAGAGGGAUGUCGUCACUUGGAGCAUCAUGAUUGAUGGGUAUUGCAUAAGUGGUUAUUAUGAUCUCGCCUUUCAACUCUUUGAAGAAAUGAAGAGAACAGGCUUGGAACCAGAUGAAAUGAUUCUUUCAACUAUUCUUUCUGCUUGCGCCCGAGCUGGAAAUUUGGAUUUUGGAACAAAAGUACACGAGUUCAUAACUAAGAAGAAUAUUGUCAUGGAUCCUCACUUACAAAGUGCUCUCAUCAAGAUGUAUGCAAGUUGUGGCUCCACGGACUUGGCUUGGGAUCUGUAUGAAAAGAUAUCCCCUAAGAACAUGGUUAUUUCGACUGCCAUGGUUUCUGGGCUUGCAAAAGGUGGACAGAUUGGUGAUGCUCGCUAUGUGUUUGAUCAAAUGGUGGAGAAGGACUUGAUAUGUUGGAGUGCAAUGAUUUCUGGAUAUACUGAGAGUGAUUGCCCUCAAGAGGCUCUUGUACUGUUCAAGAAAAUGCAACAACUGGGAAUGAAACCUGAUGUAGUCACCAUGUUGAGUGUCAUCUCAGCUUGUGCUCAUCUUGGUGCAUUAGAUCAAGCCAAAUGGAUCCAAAUUUAUGUUGAUAAAAAUGGGUUCGGCAAGGCAUUGUCUAUCAAUAAUGCACUCAUUGAUAUGUAUGCCAAAUGUGGGAGUCUAGAAGGAGCGAGAGAAAUCUUUGGAAAGAUGCCAAAGAAAAAUGUUAUAUCUUGGACGAGUAUGAUUAAUGCUCUUGCAAUGCAUGGAGAUGCUCAUACUGCCCUAAGUCUAUUUCAUCAAAUGAAAGUUGAAAACGUUGAGCCUAAUUGGAUCACAUUUGUGGGGUUGCUUUAUGCUUGUAGCCAUGGAGGUCUAGUUGAGGAGGGCCAAAGAAUAUUCCACUCGAUGAUCAAUGAGUAUGGCAUAAGUCCCAAGCACGAACAUUUUGGUUGCAUGGUUGACCUCUUUGGCCGUGCAAAAUUGCUGAGAGAAGCUCUUGAGGUGGUAGAAGCAAUGCCAUUUGCUCCUAAUGCUAUUAUUUGGGGAUCCCUUAUGGCUGCUUGUCAGCUCCAUGGUGACACUGAGUUGGGAGAAUUUGCUGCUAAACAAGUUCUCAAGCUCGAGCCAGAUCACGAUGGCGCCCUUGUUGUCUUAUCGAACAUAUAUGCUAAAGAAAGAAGAUGGGAAGACGCUGGGGAGGUUAGAAAACUUAUGAACGAGAUGGGCGUUUCGAAAGAGAGAGGAUGCAGUAGAAUUGAAUUGAACAAUGAGGUGCAUGAAUUUCAAAUGGCAGAUAGAAAACACAAGCAAGCUGAUCUAAUAUAUCAAAAGUUAAAUGAGGUAGUUCAAACGUUGAAGCUGGCUGGUUAUACACCACAGACUAACUGUGUGCUCGUUGAUUUAGACGACGAGGAAAAGAAGGAAUUAGUCCUCUGGCACAGUGAGAAACUGGCAUUGUGCUAUGCCCUUAUGAAUGAAGGGUCACGCAUUUGCAUUAUAAAGAACCUUCGGAUUUGUGAGGAUUGUCAUGCUUUUAUGAAACUAGCCUCAAAGGUGUAUGCCAGAGAGAUCGUCGUUCGGGACAGAACUCGGUUUCACCAUUACAGAGACGGUUCGUGUUCUUGUAAAGACUACUGGUGACCAAUUCUUGUUACUUUUACAGAGACGGUUCGUGUUCUUGUAAAGACGGUAUGUGUUCAUGUUCUCUGAUAUCUUUUAUAAAUUUCAAGCCAGAAAAAGUAACUAUCAAAUAGAUAGAAACCUGUUUCAUUGAAGUUACAU